UGGGAACCUAUGCCACCCUCACCUGCUCAACUGAGAGAGGAAUUACCAUGCCAGGUAAAGGGAAAAGAGGAAAAGGCCGGGGCAAGUCUCAUGGGAAGAAACAGAAGAGACCAGAAGUGGACAUCCUCAGCCCAGCCGCGAUGCUGAACCUCUACUACGUCGCCCACAACAUCACCGACUGCCUUCGCCUGCGGGGCUUCCGGUGGCCAGGUGCUCCCAAGUCAAAAGGGAAAAACAAGACUUAAGUGAUAGCAUUUCACAGCAUAUCUACAGAGAACAGAACUUGGGGAAGAGAAAUCGGGAGAAUACGACUUUUAGAAGCAAAAUAGACUUUACUGAAAGCGGCUUGAGUUGCAAGCUAAGCGUGCUUUUCUAAGUGUGAUAGUUAAUGAUAAAGAAAUGCACUUCAUUUCUUCAGCUAAAUCCAGGUAUGGUUAGCCACUUUGGUUUUUCAGAAGUUAAGGGCAAAAAAGUCUGAAUAUUCCUACAUAGCAUGGUGAAAUUGAUAGGACUUUAAAAAAUUAUUGUAAUUCUGGGUCAGAAUUAAACCUUGCUCUCAAAAGGCUGUUCUCUCUUGCAUGAGUUUUUUUCUUUUGCCAAAGGGGGUUUGUUAUUUAGAGAUGUGGCAAAAAGCACAGGAUUUGCUUAUGAACAUUCCUCUCUUGGGAGCUGUUUCCU